CGCUGCACUGAUAUGAAGCCAGAGCAGCUCGCGCGAGCCCACAACUACUUAAAGCUGUCACUGAGGUAAUGCGCGAGGCACGUUGGAGGCAUUCAACUUGGAAUUAGCUGCGCUGAGUGAGAUACUGUGACUAAAACGGGAGCAACACAGGGAGAGAAGGAUAUUUUUAUACUUUCAAACACUACACUACUUUUGAGUGCUUGGACUUACCCGAAAAAUUGUCACUACUCAAGAAUGUAACGACGACGCAACAUCUUGUGAGUUUUCAGUGUGUGAAGAACAAAGACAUGAAAUGUUAGCAGGUGGCAACACUUCUGCGUAGACAGAGCAAAAUGAUGUGCUUAAAUUCUUCUUGAAAACUUGUGAAAACUGUGAAGGGAAAUUGGCACUCGCUGCUUCGCGCUCUCGGGAGAUUUAUAUUUAAAGCCUCGCGCUCCGUGGAGGGUUGUGCAUCUGGGUAACCUAGAAUUACUUUUUUUUUUUUUUUUUUUUUGGAAACUCUUGUUUAGAAACCAUGGUAGUUUUAUUGCGUAAUUUAAAUUUUAGGAAUAGGCUAUUUAAAAUGAUAACAUUGAACAAUUAUUUUGCAAAUCACAAGUAGGCUAGCAUAUAAUACGUUAUCGCACAGCUUUUACCUAUCGGCAGUUAAUUUAAUAUUGUCACCAUGUUACCAUAUCUGCUGUCGCUCAGUGAUUUUUCAUAGAUUCUGGUAUAAGAACAUUCUUAAGUUUAUAAUUUAGUGGCAGGGUUUAAAUUAUAAUUUAGCGAUAGAAUAGUUUGUAGAAUGUAAACACAUUUUAAUGCAUCACAUCUGUUGAAGUUUUGCCUUUUCACAACGGCAGAACUCAAAUUAAGCUCAUUCCCUGUUUAAUGUGACAUCAGAUUCAGAAGUAAUGAAAAAAUAACAAAGCCUCAUAGAGAUGUGAAAGAAACAAUGGUAAACAGAAUAGUUAGGGAACUAGCCUAGCUCGUUUUAAGUAAAAUUAUUUUAUUUAGUUUAAAUAAAAUAUAUUCUAUCAAAUUCUCAGGAAACAAAAUGCCAAAACAAAAUCUGCCCAUUAAUUAGGAUUGCGAUUGAGAAGAUUAGUCCACCCAAAGUGGCAGCGCAUUGGCAGCCAUGGAAAGUGCCUGCUCUGCCGGUGUGGGUCUGCCAGGCCACAACAUCAACGGCACCGGAGUCACAUCUACACCAACUUGUAACCAGAGCGUGCUGAAACUCGCCCCAUACUCUCCAGAAGCCACAGCAGCUUUUGCAACAGCCAUCACCUUGAUGAUCGUUUUUACAAUUGUGGGCAAUAUUCUGGUCAUCAUAGCCGUUUUAACCAGCCGCUCACUUAGAGGACCCCAGAAUCUCUUCUUGGUCUCUCUUGCAGCCGCAGACAUCUUAGUGGCCACCUUGAUCAUCCCAUUUUCACUGGCCAAUGAACUGAUGGGCUACUGGUAUUUCCGCUCCGUAUGGUGUGAGAUCUACCUGGCAUUGGAUGUGUUAUUCUGCACUUCCUCUAUAGUACACCUGUGUGCCAUAAGUCUAGACCGCUACAUGUCCAUCUCACGUGCCGUUACUUACGGUCCAAAGCGGACACCCAAACGCAUCAAAUGUGCCAUUUUGGUGGUAUGGUUGAUCUCAGCAGUCAUCUCCUUCCCACCCCUGCUCUCCAUGAACAAGAAUAAAGGUGGGGGAGAUUCAGAUGGCGGACCACAGUGCCAGCUCAAUGAUGAGCGUUGGUACAUCCUGUACUCUACUAUUGGUUCUUUCUUUGCUCCUUGCCUGAUUAUGAUCUUAGUCUACAUGCGGAUCUAUCAGAUCGCCAAACAGCGCACACGCUGUCCACCAGGGGAGCCUCGGAAAGUGGUCCCGGCCAACGCCACCACAUUUCAGCACAAGGCCCACCCCGAAGGUCUCCAAAACGGUAGAGGAGAGGAAACGCCUGCUACCCCACAGAAAAACCCUACAAUGCCUAGACCUCCAACUCUCGAUGUUUCCCAAGUGGACCCUGCUCAGCUGUGUAUAAUGCAGCCUGCAGGCACCCCAAUUGCCAACAUCCUCCUGCAACCCCUUUCAACAGCCCCGACAACAACCAUCAUAUAUUCUCCUCCAUGCCCCUCACUUUCUCUUUCUCCUUCCAAUUCAUCUGAAGUAGUUCCUAAUAAACCUAAAGAUGGGAAAAAGGAGAAAAAGACCAAUAAACAGGCAGACAACAAUAAUGGAGAAAGCUUGAGCUCGGACUCAGACUCAGACACAGAGCAAGGUUGUAGGGAGGUAGAAGUGCCUUGCACCCCCAGUGUAAUCCCUAGUGGCAUCCAUUCUCCUGCCACAACCCAGAAAUACAGAGACAUGAUUGCCACAGCAAAAGGGGCAAAGCUGGUGACUCGAAUGGCAAAGCAGGAAGGAACGGCCAAUUCUACACGGCGCAAAGCCAUGGUGAACCGAGAAAAACGUUUCACUUUUGUGCUAGCAGUAGUGAUUGGUGUCUUUGUCAUCUGCUGGUUUCCUUUCUUCUUCUCCUACAGCCUACAGGCUGUGUGCCCAGAAACCUGUGCUCUCCCAGAGCCCCUCUUUAAGUUCUUCUUCUGGAUCGGCUACUGCAACAGCUGCCUUAACCCAGUCAUUUACACCAUCUUCAACAAAGACUUCCGUAGAGCCUUCAAAAAGAUCCUUUGCAAGAACACCAAAGGCACAUUCUUCUAAGGCUUCUGAGGUGGAUUGGCUGUUCAAAUAAAAAAUAUACAGCUAUUCCGAACAUGGACUAGAGAGAAAGACUAAAAAACACACAAUAACGGUGCUGUUGCAAUGUAAAUGAAGGGCUUUUUAUGCUGCCCGGAUAACCAAGGACACCAUGCUACUCUUAAGUAACUAUUUUUUGGUCUAGGUGACUGCCUCAGGUUUGGGAUUCCUGGACUAAUGCCACUAAAUGGGGCUCAUCCAAAAAUAUUUACAACAGAGGGAGGGGGAAUGCAUAGACAAAUCAUGGCUGAAAACAAAAUAACUUAUUUAAACUAUAUGGCACACCUGCAAGGACAAGGCACAGUGCAUGGAGCACAAGAAGUUUAUUGUAUUUUGUUAUCUUGCCUUUAUAAGAAAACCAGGCCUUGGGCAUAAUGCAAAACAUGGAUCUGUGUAGAGAUUUUAAUCCAACCAGAAUUAAACUGUUCAGAUUCCCUUAAAUCUUUACUCAGAGGUUUUAAAAGAGAAAAUUUUCAUGCUUAUUACAUUGUCUUAUGUCUAUACAGCAUUAUUUAUGAUGAACAAAAAAGAGAGAGUGACAACAAUGCUCUUGUUUAACUCCUUGCCAAGGGCAAUGUGUGUGAAAUGAGCUAAUGCAGGUUUUCUCCAAUCAAACUUUAAUGCUUCUAGUUACAUAUCCCCCUAGUGCAGGACCAUAGGGGAGAAGACCAUGUCUUCUGCUCCUUUGAUGCGUAGAGGCUCUGUGAAUAUAGAACACCUCUGUCUCUUUACACCUAUCUAACAAAUGCUUUAACUGAAGAUAAAUCCUUACAGGAACAUGCUUAUCAUGAAAACAUUUGACAUGUAUUAGGACAAAUGGUCUUUUAGUAAUCUUUCUCCUAAUCCUGACACUUUGCAUUAUCAAAAUGCAUCCUCUAUAUACUUUGAUGACUUUGUCAGAAAAUAGGAACACCUCCUGAUUUCUUGGACUAGUCUUGGAGGUACCCUUUCUGGCUUCUGUUUCAGCAAUUUUCAUUGUAUAAACGAAACAACUGAACAACAUUUGUUUGUCUCUAAACUGAUCUACUGCACCCUAAAUGUCUGAUCAUUCAGCAGGGUGAUACUUUGGGACUAAGGGCUGAUAGCAGUUAUGCUUUCCAUUUCUUCAUUGUCUUUUUGCUAAUGAUCCCUUUGUGUGUGUGUGUGUGCGCAAAGUAAAUACUGUGAAUGGGAAUGUGUUGUUUCUGAUGUUUGCGUAUAUAUGCUGGGUUUGAGAGGGUGUGGGUAUGUUGCUGCGUGGACUCGGAGAUGCUUUGUUUGUUUUUUUAUUUUGCGCGAAUGAUGGUGUCUACUUCCACUGGCAUCAAAUUGAGUAUAUGUGUAUGUGCUUGAUAAAUGUGCCUGGUAUGCAAUAUGUGCCAUCUUAUGCCAGUGCUUAUGAUUCAGCUGCUUCUUGUGCAAAUGCUUUCACAUGUUUUGCUGCUAAACUCAUUUAGUAUCUUCUUAAACCAACAAUUUUAUUUUUCUAAAAUAAUCAUUUUAUUAUGCUGAGAUUGCAGUUCAUUUUGAACUGAUCAUUUUGAGUUUAGAGAAGAUUAAAAAACUGAGAGCUGUAAAUUAUCUUGGGUUUGUGAAUGAUUUUGUAUUUAUUUAUCCUGCUGUUUCCUGUUGUUCCGCUUUUGUAUAUAUUUUCCCAUUUCCAUGGGGGAAAAUGCAUUUGAGAGGUUCAGUUUUAGUUACAAAACAAUUAAAAUCUUUUAACUACUGUACAUUUUUAGAUGAUUAUUUUUUGUUUUUGUCAGGGUGUUGCAUUUGGGCUGCAUUCUCCAAAGCUUUGCUAUUUUCUCCUCUUUCUCAAGUGUAAUGCUGUUGGUUUUCCACUACUCUUUAUAAAUAAAACCGCUGAGCUGUGUGUACCAUCUGACUCAUUACUGUUUGAGACAGAAUAACUAUCGAGCUUUAA